AUGCUGACAGAAACCCCCGUACUAGCUUAUUUCGAUCCUGGAAAGGAGGUAGUAGUACAAGUGGACAGUAGUAAAGACGGCAUUGGUGCAGUUCUCCUUCAAGAUGGCAGACCAGUGGAGUAUAAUGACCAUAAACCGUUAGAGGCCAUCCUGAAGAAACCUCUUGCAAUGACACCAAAGCGCUUACAGGACAUUAUGAUGAGAUGGAACCGAUAUGACUUUGAUUUUGUAUAUGUCAAAGGAACUAAACUUACAAUUGCAGAUACUUUGAGUCGUGCGUAUCUUAAGAGUGAGGAGGGUAAUUUCAAUGAGAGACUAAGAAGUAUGUCAUUGAAGAUUGAUGAAACAUGUGAUGUCCCUGAUGCUCGUCUUCUUGAAAUCAAAGAGGCAACUGAGAUUGAUGAGGAAAUGCGGACGUUGAAGGAAACGGUAAUAAAUGGCUGGCCAGAGCAGAAACAUGAAACACCUCUAGGAAUUCGCCAAUACUUUGAUUUCAGAGACACCAUAUCAUAUAGUGAUGGACUGAUGCUGAAAGGGGAAGCUGUGAUAAUUCCCAAAUCCUUGAGAAACGAAAUGAAGACCAGACUUCACAAAGCUCUUUUUGGAUAUGAUAGUAUGUUGCGAUGGGCAAGAGGAACGAUAUUUUGGCCAGGAAUUAAUGCGCAUAUUAAGCAGUUAGCUGAUUGUUGUUUAAUUUGUCAAGAGAGAAAACCAAUGAACCAGAAGGCUCCAUUGAUGCAGCAUGCAGAAGGAUCUACUCCUUGGCAGAAAAUAGGACUUGACCUGUUUGAGCUGAAUGGAAAACAUUAUUUGAUUGCUGUGGACUAUUUCUCUAAUUUCAUUGAAAUUGAUUUGCUGACAUCUAUGACAAGCUCCAGAGUAAUAGCUUUACUCAAGAAACAGUUUGCUCGAUUUGGUGUUCCAAAUGUAAUCAUGUCUGAUGGUGGCCCACAAUUCGUAAGCCAACAAUUCCAAGAUUUUGCAAAGAAGUGGGGUUUUACUCAUGUUACAUCAUCACCAAUGGCAAAGCGGAGUCAGCCGUAA